AACUGUGAUAUCUACGCCCGUCACUCAUCUUUUACUUCGUGUUAAUAGAGAUCGGCGCAAUGAGCGGUUCAGUGGACUCAGCGAUGACGUCAGCAGCGUCGUCCCCCACCACCCCCCUGAGCACCCACGCCCUCGUGCCCCCCUCGUCUGCGCUGCCGGCCCUCGAGGCACAGGACGUACGACUCAGGGGUGACUACAUCAUCUACAGGAGACGGUGGUUCAUACUCAUCCUCUUCGUGAUGUUCUCCAUGUCUAACGCCUUCAACUGGAUACAGUACUCCAUCAUCACCAACAUCAUCACCAGAUACUACGGUGUUGAAGCUUACCUGGUCGACUGGUGCUCCAUGAUCUACAUGGUAUCCUACAUACCGCUUAUAUUCCCCGCGUCGUGGUAUCUUCAAAAACGGGGUCUGAGGUCAGCGGUGGUGGUGGGGUCACUGGGUACGAUGCUCGGUACGUUGGUCAAAUGCUUCUCCGUCGCGCCCGACAGAUUUGCGGUCACCUUCGCUGGCCAGACCAUCGUUGCUGUGUCACAAGUCUUCGUUCUAGGCAUCCCACCUCGCUUGGCCGCCGUGUGGUUCGGGGCAGACCAAGUGUCCACCGCCUGUGCCAUCGGAGUCUUCGGUAAUCAGCUGGGUAUCGCGCUGGGCUUCUUGCUGCCGCCCAUUAUGGUGCCGGACUCCGAGGACUUGGAUGAAAUAUCUGCUGGACUAUAUACCAUGUUCAUCUCUGUAGCUGUUAUAUGUGCUCUUCUCUUCGUGGCCAUCUUGUUUGUGUUCAGGGAGAAGCCCCCCACGCCCCCCAGCGCUGCUGCUGACUCAGCGGAGGCCGAGGCGUCCGCGUCGUACGUGCAGGGCAUACUCAGGCUUGUCAAGAACCCAGGCUACAUUUUAUUGCUGCUCUCGUACGGCAUGAACGUGGGGGCUUUCUACGCCAUCUCUACGCUGCUGAACCAAGUCGUCCUGUCGCACUUCCCUGGCGAGACCCUGAACGCAGGCAGGAUCGGCUUGCUGAUCGUCGUGGCCGGGAUGCUGGGGUCCGUGGUGUGCGGCUACAUCCUGGACAAAACUUCCAAGCUGGUGACGCUUGUGGUGUACUGCUUGUCGCUGCUCUUCAUGCUGGGCUACACGUUUGUCUUCCAGACGCAAGUUCUGGCCCUUGUCUUCGUCAUGGCGGGAGCCUUAGGGUGA